CCCGCCUCCCCUGUGAGUUUCAACCGGCUGCUGGGCUUCUGAAAGGCGGGCCAAGAGGCUCGGGGCCGAGCUCUCCGGGGCUGAGUCUCCACGCGUGGGUCGGAGCCUUCGUGAGGCGUGGCGGGAGCCAGAGGGAGAUCACAUUUUUGGAGACUACCCAUCCUUAAGAAAAGCCCAGAAAGAAAUCAUGGCUCCAGAGCAAAGGGAAGGGAAGUCUCAGGUGUCAGUGACCUUCGAGGAUGUGGCCGUGCUCUUUACUCGGGAUGAGUGGAAGAAGCUGGACCACUCUCAGAGAAGCCUGUACCGGGAGGUGAUGCUGGAGAACUACAGCAACCUGGCCUCCCUGGGAUUUCCAUUUACCAAACCAAAAAUGAUCUCCGUGUUGCAGCAAGGAGAAGAACCCUGGAAACUAGAGAAAGAAAGUCAUGGCGACUCCUCUCUUGGAUGCAACAGCAGUCUUCAAACCACAAAAUCAACUCAAACUAAAGAUUCAUCAUUUCAGGGAUUAAUGAAGAAACAACUCAAAAGAGACAAGUCCUGGGACUUCACCUCAGGAAAUUUCUGCAGGUCUCGCAACAGUUUUAAAAAGCAGGACAAAAAUGAAAGCUUACAAAUAAUUCCAGUCACCCAUACAAAAAUCCUUACUGUAGAUAAAAGCCAUAAGAAUUCUGAAUUUGGUCCAAACAUCGACCUGAAGUCAGUUGGUAAACGAAAGAUCGCUAGGGAAAAAACACAAAGAAAUAGCCUCAAGAAAAAUUCACUUAAUCAACCAAAAAUCAAGACUGCAGAGAAACGCUAUAAAUGUAGUACCUGUGAAAAAGCUUUCAUGCACAACUCAUCCCUUCGAAAACAUCUGAAAAACCAUACCGGAGAGAGAUUAUUUCAAUGUAGAGAUUGUUUGAAAGCUUUCAGCCAAAGUUCUGCUCUUAUUCAACAUCAAAGGACUCACACUGGAGAGAAACCCUACAUAUGUAAAGAGUGUGGGAAAGCCUUCAGCCAUAGUGCGUCCCUUUGUAAGCACCUAAGAACUCACACUCUGGAGAAGUCUUAUACAUGCAAAGAAUGUGGAAAAUCCUUUAGCAGGAGGUCUGGCCUUUUUCUGCAUCAAAAAAUUCAUGCCCGAGAAAAUCCUCAUAAAUAUAACCCAGGUAGGAAGGCAUCCACUUCCCUGUCAGGAUAUCAGAGAAUCCAUUCCAGAAAGAAGACCUACUUGUGUAACGAGUGUGGCAACACCUUUAAGUCUAGCUCCUCCCUUCGCUAUCAUCAGAGAAUCCACACCGGAGAGAAACCUUUCAAAUGUAGCGAAUGUGGCAGAGCCUUCAGUCAGAGCGCUUCACUUAUUCAACAUGAAAGAAUUCACACUGGAGAAAGGCCCUACAGGUGUAAUGAAUGCGGAAAAGGCUUCACUUCUAUCUCAAGACUCAACAGACACCGAAUAAUUCACACUGGGGAGAAAUUGUAUAAUUGUAAUGAAUGUGGCAAAGCCUUAAGUUCCCAUUCAACUCUUAUUAUUCAUGAGAGAAUUCACACUGGAGAGAAACCGUGUAAAUGUAAAGUCUGUGGGAAAGCCUUCAGACAGAGUUCAGCUCUGAUCCAGCAUCAGAGAAUGCACACUGGAGAAAGACCUUAUAAAUGUAGUGAGUGUGGGAAGACAUUCAGGUGUAAUUCUUCCCUCAGUAACCAUCAGCGAAUUCAUACUGGGGAGAAACCGUACCGAUGCCAGGAAUGUGGGAUGUCAUUUGGUCAAAGUGCAGCUCUUAUUCAGCACCAGAGAAUUCACACAGGAGAGAAACCCUUUGAAUGUAACACAUGUGGGAAGACCUUUAGACAGAGCUCCUCCCUUAUUGCACACCAGCGAAUCCACACUGGAGAGAAGCCCUAUGAAUGCAGUGCAUGUGGGAAGCUCUUCAGCCAGAGAUCCUCCCUUACCAAUCACUACAAAAUCCAUAUUGAAGAGGACUCCUUGAACACAGAUUUGCAUGAGUAAAAGCAAUUAACCAAAGUUCCUCAGAAUAUAUACUUCAUAUUGACUUAAUAAAUAUAAUGAAUAUGAGGAAACUUUCAAUUUAGUCCUAUGAGAUUAAAAUUACAAGGAUAAACCUUGGCUAUAUAAUAAUUGAGAAAGUUUUCCUACCUUCCAGUCACCUUUUAAGAACAGAUACUUUAAAGUUACAAACAUUAGCACUGACCAUUUGUAAGUUUUACCUUUUACGGAACACUUUUAUUUUGUCCAUAUAAUAUAUAAUAUGUGCAAUAUAUAAACGCUAGAAAAAUCUGAGUUUAGGAGUGCUAUGCUGUUGUUAUUAGCAAAAGAAAUAUCAGCUAUUAGCAUAUUUACUACAACUAAUAUUUUAAUAGUAAAUAACUAAAAUAUAUGCAUUUUUAAAGCAAGGGACCAAACUUAAAAAAAAAAAACUACCUCACAAUGUCUGAAAUUUUCCUUUUCCUAUGUUAUUGUCAAACUGCCUGAUUUUUAUUAAAGAGAAAGAAAAAAUUUUAUGCUUCUAAUUUUCUAACUUCCCUACAAACCUCCCACGCUUAAUAUUCAUAUUCUAAUUUUGUGCUGCGAAUUAUUUUCCUCCAUUGUCUUGACUCAUUAGUUAUUAAGCCAUGCCCUGAAUGGUAACAGUAAAUCUUGUCAUAGUUGCAUUGGAGCAAACAGGCUAGCUAAACUGCCAAAAUGAGAUGUGGAAGCUAUUAAAGACAUCUGACAUAACUGGCUCACAUGCACACCACACACUUGCACCUCCAAACAUGCCUGCCACACACAGACACAUAAAGGACAAAAUUGCAUUUUCCAGUGUCAAUAUAUAGACAUAAUUGAUUUUUACAUAUUUGCCUUAUUUAAGUAACCUAGUUUAUUUUAUGUGUGCAUGCAAAUUUCUAAUAGUGUAUUUGUAGACUCUUGGCACUCACAAUCAUGCUAUCUACAAAUACCAUUUUUUCUCUUACCAGUGUCUUAUUUUUCUUAAAAUGUGCCACUCCCUAUAUAUCAUUUUAGUUUUUCUUAUGACAGUGUCUUUUAUUUAUUUUCCUUAUUUAGGCCCUGUACAACAUGGUGCCAUACAAUAAAAAUAACAAUACUUUCCCAUUGAACAUACUAGCUUCGGUUUGUGGGUGCUUGUUCUGAAACUGACUGAACAGCUCUUGUGCUGAAUUUUAUCAUAAAGGAGUAGCAUUUUGUUGCAUCCACUUUGUGCAUUGACUAAACAUGAUAGUUUUCCUCUUCGUUGUUUUAAGAAUAACCCUGUUUCUGAUUCUCACCACUACCAGGGUCUUAUAACAACCCAGGCUGGCCUAGAUGUCAACUAUGCAGCUAUCUUCCUGUUUCAGCCUCCUAAAUGUAUUACAGGCAUGCACCACUGCACCCAGCAAUUGU